GCCCCAGUAACAGCUCCAACGAGGUCUCUUUAUCUUCAGCCUAAACACACAUGUUGCUGUAACUCUUGCCUAGCGCGGACAGUGACCCAACCACAGUGCGGAGGUCUGACUUUCCCAAGACGUAUUGUAACUCUGCUUGGAGCCCCAGCAUACCCCUCCCCACAUCACCACUUCUCUGGCUAAAACAAUAAUUUGUAUCAUGAAGGUCGUCAACGUGAUUCUAACCUCCAUGCAGGUUUUUGCACUCUUUCCGUUUUAUAAAAGAAAUGCAGAAGUUUUCAAGCUGAGCAAGUUAUUGUUGCUGUGGUGUGUGCUGAACUGCUUGCUGGUCUGUGCUGCGUGUGUUUCCUUGUUCUUCAUUCCUGCUGAAGUUAUCGCCAUGAACAAGACGAAUGUGAUGACAAACAGACAGUGGAAAUACGUGUGGAUAUCGUUGGGUUUCUCUAGGAUAGUAGCGCUCCUGAAGAGUCCAGUUCUGGCUACUAUCGUUGACAGAGUCGAGCGACUCCGAGCUCUGAAGAAAGUUCCCGUGAAACUUACCAAGUCAGAUGCGCUCAUCAUGCUGGCGGUGGUGGUGUUACUGAUUGUAAACAUUCACGAAAUAUAUAAGUUGAUAAUGCUAAUAAAACGUCAGAGUGAAGAAAAUAAAGCUUGGUGGGUGCUUCUGCCGUAUUUGUUGUGUUACGUGUGUGGGCUCUUGAGCCACUUGCUGGCGCCGGCUAUGUUCUAUGUUCUUAGUCAACACCUGACACGUGCCCUACAGUACACCGUACCAGCCCUCAAUGACCCCGCCUGGCAGGGUCUUCCUCUACCAUUCGAAGACAGAAGAACCUCGCUCAUACAGUUCCUCACACGGAAGAGAGAUCGCAAAGUAUCAACGGCUGGCGAAGUCACUCCCUCAGAUGCACAAAAGAGUUACUUGAAGAGUGAUUUCCUUAGUGAAGCUGAAACCCUUUUGUUGGAUGUGGACGAGACUCUAAGUGACUUGUUAGAGUACAUCGGGCUGUACAUGGUGUUCCUGCUGGUAGCCAUGGUGCUCACCCUUAUCGUCCUGAUGUACACCUUCGUUGACAGCUUGGUACAAGAGAACACUGAGUGGAAGCCCUUGGCCAACGCUGUGGUGUACAGUGUAGUCUUCCUCUACGUCAAUACUGCCGCUGAUGACUUCUCCUCCGAGAGGGAACGUUGCGCGGGAAGGUACCGUAGGCUACUGCAAAUUGACCCCAGUCUCCAGGAUGACCCCAGGGUAUACCGACUACUAGGGAUGCUCGAGCGACACCAGGAGUUUACCUUGGCUGGGUUCGUGAGUCUUGGUCGCGGCACCGUUGCCACAACAGCUAGCUUCAUCAUCUCUUAUGUUGUGAUCGCUCUUCAGUUCCGGGGCGAGUGAGCACUUAAUAGUGCUUGUUGGGGCCGAGCAUCAGCUCCGUGGCCCCGCCUCUCAACCCUCAUUCGGCAAACGUUUUGCAAGAAAACGUCUUUUACAGCCUCAUCAUUUACAUCGAAUUUACGAACAUCUUGACCGAGCAGCUGCUUGGGUUCAGGAGCCACAGGUCCACCCAACAUGUUUUCAAUACCAUCUACAACGCCAUGGACAUCAUCCGAAAAUAGGAUCAAAUACCACAUAAAGCCUCAAGAGACAGAUAGCCUAGUCAGAUGGAUUGUACACUAGCCUAGUGUGGUGUACAAUCUAUCACACAUCCUAGCCAAUAACUGUCCUCUGCUUAAACUAGAGGCAUUCAAUCAUACUCCCUUCACAUACUCUGUGAGCAAUGUUACUGUCAUCCAUAUACCGACAUAAUGGUAACUAAAAAAAAAACUAUGCAGAAUAACACCGUUGUGUAUAUUUGUAAAUAGCAGCAAUA